AUGGAGGAGACCAUUGCCUUGAUGAAGACGUCUCCAGUUCGAGUCGGUGAUGAAGUUGACCAUUCCACCGUGUACUUUCAUCGUCUUUUCUGGAUAUUUUCUCCUUGUGUUGAAGCCUUCCGACAUUGCAAGCCAUUGAUCAGUAUAGACGGUACUCGUCUGUAUGGCAAGUAUGGCGGGACUUUGCUCCUAGUGAUCACCCAAGAUGGGAACUCCAACAUCUUGCCUAUUGCUUUCAGUCUCGUGGAAGGGGAAAAUGCCGAGUCGUGGUCUUUCUUCCUAACCAACCUUCGCCAACAUGUGACUCCGCAACAGGGGAUACUGGUCAUCUCGGAUAGGCACAACGGCAUCAAGGCUGCAUUAGAGUCACCUAACAGUGGGUGGUUACCCCCUCAUGCGUAUCAAGCAUUUUGUAUUCGGCAUGUUGCAGCUAACUUCUCACUCAGUUUCAAGGGUACGGAUGCAAAGCGUUUGCUUGUGAAUGCUGCUUAUACAAAGACUGAGGCAGAGUUUCGUUAUUGGUUUGAUAUAAUAUGGACUGAGAAUCCGACAAUGUGUGAUUGGGCGAACAUAAUAGACUACGAUAAGUGGACUCAGCACCAGGAUGGUGGCAGACGAUUCGGUCACAUGACGACCAAUAUAUCUAAGUGUGUUAAUUCUGUUCUGAAGGGUACAAGGAAUCUUCUAGUUACCGCCCUGGUGAAGUCCACAUAUGGUCGGCUAGCGGAGUUGUUUGUGAUUCGUGGUCAAAUGGUGGAGGCUCAGUUGGCCAGCGGUGCCAAGUUUUGCCAGUCUUUUAUGAAGGCGAUGGAGCGCAACUUGAGAGACUUUAGGUGCUUCACUGUUACGCUAUUCGAUAGACACCAGUCUGAGUAUACUAUUGCCGACACGACACCGAUCGGGAGCUUCUCGCUUGGGACGUACCGAGUAUCCCUUCAGGAUUGUACAUGCGACUGUGGAUACUUUCAGGCUCUCCAUUAUCCAUGUUGCCAUGCGAUUGCAUGUUGUGCCCAGUCAUGGCUUGACUGGUCUGUCUAUGUCGACGAAGUCUACACUAUGCAAAAGGUGUUCAGGGUGUACCAGAUGGAUUUUAUGCCUCCAAUUCCAGAGGGAUUUUGGCCACCUUAUGAUGGUCUGACUGUUAUUCCGGAUCCUACCCCGAGGCGUUGUCAUGAUGGACAGCCGAGGUCUACCAGAAUCCGGAACAACAUGGAUGAGGCCAACCCUAACCGAUCGAAGCGAUACGGCCUCUGCAGACAGCCUGGACACACGCGUAGAUCUUGCCCUCAGAGAGGCUCCACCGUAGCUGGUGGUUCAUAG